UUUUUGAGUGACGAAGGGAACAUUGAUAUUGGACACAGAUGCAAGCGGUAUCGCAAUUGGGCUGUUCUAUCACAAAAACGGGGCAACGAAGAAAAAGUCAUCGCAUAUUUCAGUCGUUCACUUAAUCGAACGCAGCGCCAGUAUUGUACAACAAGACGGGAAGUGUUAGCUGUGGUAAAAUCAUUGGCUCAUUUCCAUCCUUACCUUAAUGGAAGAAAGUUUGCUGCACGGACAGAUCAUUUCUCUCUUCGGUUGUUGGUGAAUUUUAAGUACGCCGAAGGUCAGCUUGCACGUUGGUUGCAAAAGAUUCAACGGUAUGAUCUAAAGAUUGAACAUCGACACGGAAAAUAUUAUCUCUAG